GCAGGUUGCUAUGGUUACAAUGUAGAGAUUUCAUAGAAAACGACCAUAAUGUAUUGUUUCAUUUGACAAAUAAAUACAAAAUGGAACUUGAAGAGCUUGAGACUAUGAAGCAACAUGCCAUAUUACUUUCAAAAGAAGGCAGCUACUUACAAUCCAUUGAAGAAUUUACGAAGAUUCUCAUUCAGGAUCCGAGCAACUUUGAAGCCCUCCUUGGCAGGGUUAAUGCUUGUGUGCACAUGGAGCUUUUUCAUAGAUGUCUGAAAGAUAUUGAAUUGUUAAGUCGGAUUGAACCUUGCAAUGUGGAGAUUCAUAUUUUGGCUGGAGAAAUAUAUGAGAAAAUUGGUUCUAUCGAGGAGGCAAUUUGUGCCCUCCUCAUGGCAUAUUUAUGCAACCAUCAAAAAACCAAAGUUUUCCGACAGAUAUUUCAUUUAACAUCAACUGUCUUGGGAGGUCGUCCUUGGGAAAUUGCAGGAAAGACUAAUGCGCUCCAGAUUUUGGCAGUUCUAACCAAAAAGCUCACAAUUGAAGGAAAGUUUCGCGUUUCACUUCAAAUGGGAAUCGUCAUCCUCCUGGUUCAUUGUGUUGACAAAUCCACGGUAGAAGCUGUGAAACUUGAGUUGAAGAAAUCUUUGAAUGAAGAACGCCAUUACAAAGGAGUUAUUUCGAAAAAUCCAGAGGAGAAAGGCGGAGAAAGUUGCACAAGACAAAAGAUUGAAGAUGGCGAGAAGAGCUUCGUAGACCGUGAAAUAGCAGAAAAACACAGUGAAUUUGAGGAACUAUUUUUGCCGAAAAAUUGCCUAAUGAAACUGUCACGCUUGAUUUGCUGUUGAAGAGCUUAAUAGAAACGAUAAAUUUCAGGUUUAUGACAACUUCUGAAGAGCACGAACAUUCUGAUCAAGACGGAACAGAGAAGAAUGAACUAAUGGACUUUUUGCGAGACAUUGAGCCAGAAACUAGGAAUGACAUUCUCGAAUCUGUUUCGGAAUGUUGUGACAAACGUGAAAACGCGGAAGCAUCAAUUUGGUUUGCUCAAAUAAUGUUAUCGACCUCCAUACGGAUGGAUGACAAGAUUAGCGCACUACGAGCUUACAACAGACUGGCGCUUUUACAUCGCAAAUACGGGAAAAUUGACGAAAGUUUAUUGUACUUUAAGAAAACGCGAGAGAAAUACCGAGAAUUCACGGCAAUUGAGAAUAAAUUUCGAGGAAAACGGCAUUUCGAGGUUUCUGUAAUCGAGCGAGAAGCAUUAUUGAAUCUCAGCAUUCUUUACAGAGACAUGGAACAAUACGACCAAGCUGGCAUUCUCAUGAAGGAGUAUUUUUCGAGAUUAAAUUUGAUCGAGCAAGAUAAGUUAAUAGAAGCCUAUCACUUAUUGGGUGAUGUUGAAAGUUUACAGGGGCGAUACGAAGACGCGAUACGAAGUUUCAGAAUUCAGUUGGCAUUGUGUAUGCAAUACAACGAUAAAAAUGGCCUUGCAAUGGCUUACAGUAGCAUUGGAAAAGUUUUCCUGAAAUGCUUUGAUGUAUUGUCGGCGAACGAAUGGUUCCAGCUAAGUUUGCGUGCUUUAAACACUUCUGGUGAAAAGGAUUAUCUUUGUGCAAAAACGUAUAAAAAUUUUGGAGAAGCGCUCCUGAACCAAAAUAACCCCCGACAGGCAUUGUUCUACUUCGAAAAAACGUUGAAAAUUGCCAUUGAUAUUCGAGAGCGGAUGAUAGGAAUCGAAGCGAUGCACGAAAUAGGAAGAUGUUACAAAUGUCUGGGUAUUUUUAAACAAAGCGAGUUCUUUCUUAAACGUGCUCUUUUGGAAUGUCAAGGAUCCGGGAUGCUCUUGGAAGAUAAAAUAAAGGAAGAUUUAGCAGGGAUGUUGCUGGCUGUAGGCAGGUUCAAUGAAGGUUUAAAGAUUUUAUACGAACUUCGAAACCAUUUGGAGUCGAAGCUAGAAAAGCUUAGCCAACUGAAAUUGGUAACCAAGAAUCCGCUGUUCAAAAGACUCAACGUCUGUAUCGCCAAAAUUGUUAAUAUUCUCGUGGACAAAGCAAGGAUUGUAGAAGCCUUCGAGGUGGCAGAGAAAGGAAAUUCGCUCAUCCUCAAACAAAUGUUAGAUUUCAGAACACGAAUCGGAUUUGUUGAAAUGACUUUCGAUGAUCUUUAUACUAAUCUUGACGACUUAUAUAAAAUAGUUCGAGCAAGGAAUAAGGUGGUUCUGUAUUAUAAAAUUUUGAAUAAUGGUUUUAUCGUGUGGGUGAUUGGUCCAUCCCAAGAUCGGCCUAAAUAUUACAGGCAUAGUGCUCCAUGCAGCUCGCCUUUUGGAAAUACAAUAGCAAGUCUCAUUAAUGGUUUACUGACAAGGCAAGAUCGACUGGCUAAUUACGACUGCGAUCAUAGGAAAACGGUCGACUCUGUCAGCGGUUUCAACACAGUAAAUAAAUUAAGGUGCAGUAGCAGUCAUCUUCGCAGCCUGAUAUUUAAUCAAAUAAGUGCAAGUCCAACUGAUCUUGGAUGCAGUGAUUGGAAAACAAACGAAAUAUUUCAGAACGACCUUUCUCCGUACACUUUAAAAUCCAAAUACAUCGAUUCACUUUCAUCGCAAGGACAAGCUGUCGAAGAUGAUAGACAAAGGUCCGCUGAAGCCGCUCCAAACACACCUUCCCUCGCAUGUGGAAAGAACUGUCUUCAAAAGCUAUCGGAGCUUCUUAUUUUUCCCAUCGAGAAAAUGCUGACAGAAAUUCCCGACUUGAAUGUUCGUGAUUUGGUGAUUGUAAGCAAUUCAUUUCUAAGAAUCGUUCCAUUCUCGGACUUGCUAACAUCCCAUGAUAAACACCUGACCAAUCUGGUAAAUUCCGUCCAAAUUCUACCGUGCGUAUCCGUUCUAAAAUUACUAGAACUCAAUUGCAACAUAACCCCGAAAGGAAUAGCGGUUAUUGGAAAUCCCGACGAAAACUUCCAAGCGAUGAGGAAUAUAUUGAAAAGAAAGCCGCAGCCGGAUUUUAUGGAAAAAGAAUUAAAUGAUGUCGCUAUUCUGUUGGGAAGCAUUCCGGAUGUGGGUGCUCGCGCUUCAAAAGAAAAUUUUCAGCGGAAAUUUUGUUGCAGUAACCUAAUACACGUUGCAGCGUAUGCCUCUCUUGAUGAAGGAACGAUCACUUUUGCACCUAUCCCUGAAAUUGAUCCACGUGUUAUGGAAAACGACGCACGUGAUCCAUGGGAAAUAAAUUUGGAAGACAUACUUGCGUUUCGUUCAGCUCCAGACGUUGUCGUGCUGAGCUCGGGUUACGGGUGUAGGCAUCAUUUUAACGACAUAAAUGCAUUCGGCACACAUCUGCCGCUUGCCUUGAUGUUGGCAGGCGUUAAAUCAGUCGUCAUGACAAUAUGGACCACACCCCAAAUCGCUUGUUUGACAUUCUUUCGGGAGUUUUACAAAAAUAUCUCAAACAAUAUGUUCGUGAGCCGUUCAUUGGUGCAAGCCAAAGAUUUCAUCAAAGGUAUUGAUAUGUUCAAUGAUCCAGUAAACUGGGCGUCAUUUCAGGUCUACGGUCGCGAUUGUUUGCUCGAUGUUGAAGAACUAAGACGACGUGAAGCCGAAACAUCGUUUGUUGAAGCACAAAAAUUAGCUGUUGAAAGAUUUGCUAUCGUUGGACAGCGAAAAGAGAGUUCCGAUGCCAUUUUGUAUCAACGUUCUCUGGAAAUGGUCCACGAUCUUCUACUUAAACAUCAUUUACAACCAAAGCUGCUCCAGAUUCUGCUUCAAGUGUUAGAAGAGUCUUUGACUAUUCUAAACACUUCUCCGUCGAAUGAAAACUCCAAGAAAACUGUAAAUGAUUUGCCUUACCGUGAGAUUUUCAAGCCGUGGUUGUCACUGGUUCUUCAAGCAGAAAAGUUCCUUCUUUCGCUUGGAUUUCUGGUUAAAAGUAUCGAAACGCGUCAGACGGUGCUUGUGUACCCCCACUGGAAUAGAAACAAUUAUUUGGAAAAAGUUCAAUCGCUUCUUCAAUCUGUUCAACAAGUUGUUGACAAUUCUCCAGUAUUGUCGGAUGCACUGAGAGUUGUUCUCAUUCAAGAGGAUAAAUGUACGCUCAUCCAACUACAAAACUUGCUGCAUGAAAAAUUACAGACGCUCAAUGACGUUAUUGAACUGAGCAACGCACCUAUGGCACUUAUGUUUUGGCUUAAACGAAGUACUCGCCGCCUGAUUACGGAGUUGGGCUUUCGCCAGAUUGGUGACGAGUUACACGUAAUAAGUGACAAAAACAACAGAUGUGUCAUGGAGUCUUGCGUUAAUGUUAUCACUGUUUUAAAUUCGUUUCAGAAAGGAACUAAGAGUCAGCAACAUCCAAUGUUGUCAGAGGCAAAACUCGAUACAAGAUGGAUGCAACACCGAUUUAGCAAGGAUGAAAAAAAGGCGCGAUGCGUCAUUGCCAACAGCUUGGACGCUAUUGAUGAUAAAUACAAGACCAUAUUGGAAGACACAAAGAGAUGGCAUAAAAACACUGUCCUGACACAGGAUGAGCUUUGCACCAAAGGUGAAAUCACUGAAAACAAGAGCGAAAACACAUGCAAACUACCACCCAUAAAGGGAGAGGGGAAAACGUCUCGACACGAAGGAGAUAAUCCUUCAAAGUUGAAGAGCGUCGGAGGACCAUCGUUUCUUCGCGUUUCUUCGAAGCGAGAACGGACGUCCCCGUUGAUCAAAUGUACGUUAAGAAGAAACGUGACGACAAAGAAUUUGGGUCAUUGCUUACGACGCAUAAGAAUGGAGCACGAAGAAGAAAUAAAAGAAGUUCUUUCCUUGUAAAAUUUUUGAAUAAACGUUUUGUUGAAAAGACGAUCUGUGAUUGAGAAUCUAGUAUAUUGUAAAAACAAAGCUAAGAUCUUUUAACACUACAGUAGCUUAUAAUUCAAUCAUAUAAGAAAGUUGGGCGCAAAUAAAACAUCAUCCAAUGUUCAA